GCCCUCACCUGCCCCCGCCCCCUCGCCCACCUGGCCACGGCUCGGGCGGCCCCGCCGCGCUCGGCACCGCACCCGCCGCCGCGGCAGCAUGUUGCCCAGGGCAGCCUCGUCCAUGCCGCCGCCUCCCAACCCCUCUCCCUACUUCCCGCCUGCCCGGGUCACGCUGCCCUCCGGCCUGGAGAUCCUGCGCACCUUCUCGGGAGCCGUCAUCUUCCUGGAGAUCCUUUUUGGAACAAUAGUCUGGAUUUUGGUCGCUUCUACCCAAGUUCCACUGCCACUGCUGCAGGGAUGGGUCAUGUUUGUAGCAGUGACUGCAUGGUUCCUGUCCAUUGUGUUCCUCUCUGUGUUCCUCUUCGGCUAUGCAAAUAGAAUUGCUGUCAACUGGAACCAGGCGGAUUUUAUUUUCCAUGGGGCUACUUUUGUCUUUUAUUUUGGAGCUUUUCUACUCCAAGCAGCAACUACAUCUCUGCAUCACUUUCCCCGCAAAUUCAAUUCCACCGCACAAGAGAGGAUUCUAACUGGUCAUGAAUAUAACAUAAGCAUAGCAGCUUCGAUUUUUGCCUUUGCAACAGCUGUUUGUUACGGUUUCAGCACAGCCCUGGCAUUGAGGAGAUGGAGACUAAAUAAUAGUUGAAGAGAGAUUGACACCCAUGUGUUUCACUUCAGAUCAAAUUAAGUGCUACUUGUCUGUUUUACUGUAAUUCCAAAAAGACUUUUUUUCUGCUUAAAAUCUGUUUUAAAUGCAAAUAACCCUUAAUUAGGAUUUCCUCAACAAGUUUCCAUCUCUUCCCUUUCUAAUAUUUACUUUUAUUGUGUAUGCAUUUUAAGUGUACUCAUUGUAUGGUGUUAGGGAGUUCAGGGAUAAACAGACAUGUCAUUAGCAGACAGCAGAACUCUAGUGCUACAUCAAUAGAGGAAGAAAAUGGAAAUUAAGCCAAGAUGUUGACUGCAUAGGCAGAUAAAAAGCUUCCCUCUUGUUAAGUCCUGGGAUUGGGCCUUAAGUGUCUUGCAACAUUAUGGUGCACUCCACACAGGUCCAGCCUGGAGGCUCCUUGUAGAGUCAUGGAUGUUCUGUGUGCUGCUCUUUGCAUGAUCAGAGCUGACUUUGAGAUAUCAACUUAGUAUAAAUGUAUUAUUAACUUCGAUGUACAGAGAAUAUAUUUUAAAUAACCAUGCAGUGAAAUUUUUUGAUACUCUUUUGUAGCCAUAUCUGGCUGUGGUCAUCUGAUCCUUGAAGCUUAUUACAUUCUAUACUAGAUGAAAACUGCUUGGGACUGACAAUCAUUAGUUCAUUAGUUUUAGGAACUAUUUAUCAGAUCUAUUUAUACCGCAGAACAAAACAGUGCAUUUGUGUUGUGUGUGUAUAUACAUGGUGUAUUUUUGUUUAACAGGAAUAUUUGCACUGUUUUACUUCCUUAGAGUACAGAUUUGUUUUUGUUACUUAAAGUGCUGCAUUUGUUGGGUAUUGUGUGAGUCAAUAUCAUUUGAAUGGAACGUUACCAAAUGGUGAAUAAUGUCUGACCUCAAUUCUUGCAGUGUGUUAUUUGUUGCAUUCUAAACCUGCAGUGUUGUAAAGGUGUUUUUAUUUGGACAGAUGCCUGUGCAACAUCUUACUGAAAGCAGUGGAAUGCAAAGCAAUCCACCCACUAUGGAGUUUGCUUUUUGCACGAAUGAAGUUUAAUUGAGCCUUUCUUGAAUAUCCUGUUGUAUAAUGACAUGCAAUAUUUUAUAUAGAUAAUUGAUUUAGCAAAACUAAACGAUAACAUUGUGCUCUGCUCCCUGACACUCAUGUACUUUUGCAGAUGGUGAAAUUUUUUUUAUACUGCUAGCAAAUAAUUUUUGCUGUUGCGAAUAGUGCCAAAUAGAUAACCUGGGAGAAUAAAAGCUCCCUGUCAUUCAUAAAACGACUUGUUCACUACAUCCUGCCAGUGCACCUGAAUAUUCUGCAGAGACCAGCAGUGGUUGGGUAAGGGAAGACAAGAUUUCCUUCAUUCCCAGGUGUACUCAUUCUCCUUGAGCCAACAACGGUAUCUGCCAUGGAAGUUGCUUUAUCAAACUUGUCAGGGACAAGCAUUUCUGAGAGGCAGCCACCCCCAGCAGUGCCCUGCAGUCCCUGCUGACGCAGGAUAGGUUCUUAUGGGUGACACGGCACUGAGUGGCAGCCCUUCUGACUAUGGAACCACUUGGUCAUCUGGAAUUACUGCAGUGGGAUGUUUUCCUUUAUCUGUUUUCUGAAUCUUUUUUUCUUCCAAAGAUUUUGUACUCUUGUCUGAUUUUUUUUCCUAAUUCUCUAAUUGCAUUGAGACUUUUUGUGAACAUUUUAUCUAGAGCCAUAUACUUUUAAAAAUACUUCAUAUUGUAAAAAAUACCUUUACACUGGAGUAUAUGGAUGAAAGUAUAUAACAAAGACUUAUGCUAAGCAGCAUUAAAGUUACUUAAUAUAUUUA